AUGAAGAAGUCAGUGCGGCCCGUGGCGACUAAAGCAAGCGCUGACAGAGGAAAGGCUGACGGGGCCGUAACCACGACCAGCACUAAGCCUGCUGCAAAAAACACCACCACCUUGUCCAAGGUAAAAAGCAACGAUGACCUUUUAGCUGCGAUGGUGGGGGGUAACCCUGCUCCAAGUGCUGCCGCCUCCAAGACCAAACGGACCACCACCGGGACCACGGAUAAACCAAAGACCACCUCCGCAGGCACAUCGACCAAGCGCACAACAACAUCCACGUCCAAGGAGCCUAGUUCCAUGCGGGACCGGCUGCGGACUUCCCGGGCUUCCACCAACAAGAAACAACAGCUCGUGUCCGGGUCGGCGAGCGGAGACGGGACAAAACGCCCCAAGGGUCAAGUCCUGCCCGAAUCUGAAAGCCGCAUGAGCAAGUCCAAGUCCGACGGGCAGAUCAGUGAUAAGGUGGAGCUGGAGUCCAAGGUGAAGGAUCUCCUGGGUUUGGCCAAAAGCAAAGAUGUGGAGAUUUUACAUUUAAGAAGCGAGUUACGGGACAUGAGGGCACAGCUUCAUCCCGCGGACAAAGACAUCCCUCAAGAGGUUUCCGAAGAAGAGGAGAAGCCCAUAGUGUCUGCGAUCACGGCUGCUGAUGUGGAGUCUACGCUGCUGUUAUUACAAGACCAAAACCACGCCAUCAGAGAAGAGCUGAACUUGUUGAAAAGUGAAAACAGGAUGCUCAAAGACAGACUGAACGCACUGGGGUUUUCUCUGGAGCAGCGGCUGGAUGGAGAGAAACUUUUCAACUAUACGUCACUCAGUCCAGACCUGGCGACGGGGAGCGGGCAGAGCGAUGGGGGAGGCACAGGCUCUGCCCCCGGUUCGCUAGAGGACCUCCUCACCGGACAACAACACGGUGGCUCCGCGGAUAACCUGGACAGCGAAUCCAGUGAAGUUUAUCAGGCCGUCACCUCCAGCGAUGACGCCCUGGACGCUCCGUCGGGCGCGUCGUCGUCCUCCGAAUCGGAAUGCGCACCGAGCCGAGACCGCUCACGACGCGGCAGCAGCGGCAACACCAGCGAAGUGUCUGUGGCCUGUCUGACCGAGCGCAUUCACCAGAUGGAGGAGAACCAGCACAGCACAGCGGAGGAGCUACAGGCCACGCUGCAAGAACUCGCCGACCUCCAGCAGAUAACGCAGGAGCUGAACGGCGAGAACGAACGCCUCGGCGAGGAGAAAAUCAUCCUCAUGGACUCGCUGUGUCAGCAAAGCGACAAGCUGGAACUCUACGGUAGACAGAUCGAGUAUCUCCGCUCACUUUUAGAAGAGCACCACAUAUCGUACGCUUUAGAGGAGGACAUUAAAAGCGGGCGCUACAUGGAGCUAGAACAACGCUACGGCGAUUUAGCGGACAACGCGCGGUUUGAGCGAGAGCAACUCCUAGGCGUCCAGCAACAUCUCUCCAACACGUUGAAAAUGGCCGAGCAGGAUAACGCUGAGGCGCAGGAGAUGAUCGGGGCGUUGAAGGAGAGAAACCACCAAAUAGAGAGGAUUCUGGAGUCUGAGAGGCAGGACAGAGCGGCGAUGGCGGCGGCGCUCGGCGAGUACAAGGCCGCGGUGAGCGACGACCAGGCCGAGCUGAGCCGGUGCCGAGGGCAGCUGGAGCAGGAGAGGCAGAGGGUGGCAGAGCUGUACUCGCUCCACACGGCGGGAGACAAGAACGACAUCUGCCAGCUGCUGGAGGGAGCGCGCCACGCCAGGGAGGAGGCGGAGGCCGAGGCGGUGAAGAUGCACAAAGAACUGGAGCAGGUGCACAACGAACUGGCCGCGCUUCAGGAGGCUCUGAGGAAGCUGGACCAGGAGUACCGCGAGUAUCGGGAGCAGGCACAACAGCAAAUGUCGGAACAGGAGCGAGCCAUCGAGAAACAGCGAAUGGAAAUCCAAGAGAAGGACACGGAGAUCGUCGACAUGAAGGAAACUAUCUUUGAGCUGGAGGACGAGGUGGAGCAACACCGGGCGCUCAAGCUGCACGACAAUCUGAUCAUCACAGACCUCGAGAACUCCGUGAAGAAGCUGCAGGACCAAAAGCACGACAUGGAACGAGAGAUCAAGAUCCUCCAUCGGCGGCUGAGGGAGGAGUCCAUGGAGUGGCGUCAGUUCCAGGCAGAUCUGCAGACGGCCGUGGUCAUCGCCAACGACAUCAAGUCAGAAGCUCAGGAGGAGAUCGGGGACCUGCGGCGCCGCCUACAGGAGACUCUGGAGAAGAACGACAAGCUGAGCAAAGAGCUGGACGAGGUCAAGAGCCGAAAGCAGGACGAGGAGCGUGGUCGCGUGUACAACUACAUGAACGCGGUGGAGAGGGACCUGGCUGCUCUGCGUCAGGGAAUGGGCCUCAGCAGAAGAUCCUCCACCUCCUCAGAACCUUCUCCCACCGUCAAAACGCUCAUCAAGAGCUUCGACAACGCCUCACAAGAUCAGAGUAUCGUCUGUGCGGUAGGUCCGUCCCCCAAUGGAGCUCCGGUCACCCCCACUGCAGCAGCUGCCCCUCUCCCCCGGACUCCCCUCAGUCCCAGCCCUCUAAAGACCCCGCCUGCUGCUGCCAUCUCUCCCAUACAAAGACACUCACUGACCUCCUCUAUGUCAGCGGCCAAACCACUGUCUUCGAUGAAUGACAAGAGGAACACUUACACGGACAUCUCCAUGCAAUCUGACCACUCGUUCAGAGGAGCCGCAGUCGCCCGGCCUCAAUCCGCUCUACAGAGAGUCACAAGCAUCGACCCUGCCAAAUCAAUCUCAGUUUCCAGAAGAAGCAGUGAGGAGAUCAAGAGGGACAUUUCUGCUCCAGACGUAGCGCCCUCUGCUGGCCUAAUGACCUCCUCUCCUCUGUCCAUGUCCUCGUCUCCCACAGCCUCUGUUACCCCGACUGCACGCAGCCGCCUCAGGGAGGAGAGAAAAGACCCACUUUCUGCUUUGGCUCGUGAAUAUGGAGGCUCAAAGAGAAACGCUUUGUUAAAGUGGUGCCAGAAGAAAACUGAGGGAUAUCAGAACAUCGACAUCACAAACUUCAGCAGCAGUUGGAACGACGGUUUGGCCUUUUGUGCAGUGCUCCACACCUAUCUGCCCGCUCACAUCCCCUACCAGGAGCUCAGCGGCCAGGACAAGAGGAGAAACUUCACAUUAGCUUUCCAGGCUGCUGAGAGCGUUGGAAUCAAAUGCACUUUGGACCUUAAUGAGAUGGUGAACAUGGAACGCCCAGACUGGCAGAGCGUCAUGACCUACGUUACAGCCAUCUACAAAUACUUUGAAACUUGA